AUGACGACCGGACUCCUUGUCUCGCAACUCGCCCUCUACGCCCCCCUAACACUUCCAACCCUCUACCUCGUCUUCAGCCAUGGCCGCCACGGCCUCCUCGCCCUUCCCCUCGUCGAGAUAUCAGUGGUAUACAUGCUUGUCGCGCAAUUCACCCAGCGCGCGGACCUAAACCCGACGACAGGGAGCUUGGCAGUUCGUGUUGUGUUGGGGUUUCUCCCCGAGUUGCUCGCGGCGCUUGUUUUGGUGUUUGUUGGGAUUGUGACUGUGACCCGAGGUGGGGGUAAAGUCGGUGCUGAGGCGCUCGAGCUCGAAACAUGGCACUCGGUUACAGUCGAGGUCACACCAGCCUUCGCAUUCGCAACUCUACUGGGUGGAGUGGGCGAGAUUUAG